UAUAAUUGAUUAUUUUCUAUUAAAAAUGUUUGGUAUUUCUCCCCUUAGUUCAAUCCAUGUAUUCAAGGCCUAAAGGCCAAAAUUCUCUCUGUAUUUUUUUUGUUGUGAAAAAUAAAUUUUUCCGCUGCAAAACCACUUUGAACUGCAAAUCUAAAACAUACUAUAUUUCCAUUUUCCUUAAAAUAUUCACCCACUGCGAAGUUAUAAGGAUGACUUGGAGGCUGAGGUGGAUGAGUUAUGGAGUGAAGUGAUAAGAAAGUUAGGAGUUCAAUUCCCAGUCACAUAAUUUUCCAUUUUUCUACAUUUAGUGUCAGUUUCGCUUCGCUGCUAGACUUUUUAAAACCAUAUAUAGUCACCACAAACAUUAUUUUUAAAAGGAAAAUUCUUUGGUACUCUAAAACGCAUUUAAAAAAACGGUGAGGGUAUAAAUAAAAACAUGUGGGGGUAUAUCUGUAAUAAUUUUCGCAGGCCCAGCCCAACAUAUACAUAGAUGAUCAUUUGGGCUAAGCCCAACAGGCAUAACCCAAACCUCAGCUUCGGAAUUCGGUUCGGUUUAUCAGAAAAACAUAAACAAAGUUAAAAAACGUUGUCUCAUCUCAAAUAUUAAGAAUGAAGAUAAGGAUUUAAAGCUUCUCCAUUCAUUUCCCUCCUUCUAUCAUCACUACCCAUUUCCACUUUCACCAAAAAGAUUUCAUUUUUACACUCAAAACUUCAAAAACCAAUCUUCAUCUUCAUUGUUUUUUUCCAUUUUCUGUGUACCCUUUUGAAGCUUUCAAGGUGACACGAGAUGAACUGAUCCUGAAAAAUAACUAAGAUUUCGCAAUUCAAUCUAAGAUGAAUCCCAUAAUAUCAUGUUCUGUUGGCAAUUCUUCGAUUAUUCCUGGAGUUGCGUAUUCAACAAGGAAGAACAACUCGUUAACUAGACUCAACUUUUCAAGAAGUUUUUUAAAACACGGAUCAUCAACUCGAAGAUUUCUCUUUCCUUCAUUUGUCGUCAACGGAGUGUUUCCACAGAACAAAAGGAUAUGUUCUUAUCAUAAAAAAUCUCGAACCUCCUCCAUAUCAGCCACAGAAACAGAAGUAUCUGUGGAGGUAUCAGAUUCAACUGUUGCAGAUGAAGUUUCUACUGAACCUUCUUCAGAUGAAGUUGGAACAAGUGAAGACUCAUCUCCUAAAUCUGAUGCCAACGCUGGUUCUUUGAAAUCCAAACGUACAAGACCUGUAAGGAAAAGCACGAUGCCUCCUGUAAAGGAAGAGGAUUUGGUUCCUGGGGCAGCUUUUACAGGGAAAGUAAUGUCUAUCCAGCCGUUUGGUGCAUUUGUUGAUUUUGGAGCAUUCACGGAUGGACUUGUUCAUAUUUCGAUGUUGAGUGAUGGCUUUGUAAAGGAUGUUUCAAGUAUUGUUUCUGUUGGACAAGAAGUGAAGGUGAAGCUGCUUGAAGUGAAUGCUGAAACUCGGCGUAUAUCUCUAUCUAUGCGUGAAAAUGCUGACACUGGUAAGCAACGGAAAGAUGCAUCAAACAGUACAGAGAAAUCUGGUAGAUGGGACUCUCCAAACUCCAGUCCAAGGAGAGAUAGUACGAAGAAAACCACAAAACUUGUCGUAGGUCAGGAGUUGCAGGGUACGGUGAAGAAUGCGGCUAGGAAGGGUAGUUUUAUAUCACUUCCAGAAGGGGAGGAAGGAUUUCUACCGUUAGAUGAGGAGGAUGACGAUGGAUUCAGCAGUGUAACGGGAAAAUCUUCGUUGGAGGUUGGUCAAGAAGUUAAAGUACGAGUUCUGCGUAUCUCAAGAGGACAAGCGACAUUGACUAUGAAGAGGGAAGGAGCUGUUUCGGACAAGGCACCUGCACAAAAUUUGGGUGUUGAUGUUGUUGCAACAAACCCUUUUGUUUUGGCUUUUCGUAAAAAUAAGGAUAUUUCUAAAUUUUUGGAUGAGAGGGAGAAACUUCAGAACGAAGUUAAAUCCUCAACGACAAAAAAAGAGGAAGAUGUUGAAGCUAGUUCAUCUGUUGGUUCAUCAACAACUGUUGCAGAUGACGAAAGCAAUCAAGAAAGUAUUAUAAAUGGCGCCACUGAGUUGCAAACAGAGACGAUUUCUGAAAAUUUGGCUUCUGAAGGGGAUUUGUCUGAUGUAAAUCCAAUUAUUGAGGAAGCUAUUCAGACAGAUACCAUAACAAACGAUGUAAAAGCCGACUCACCUGUUGAAGUGGCUGAUGAGAGUGUAAUAGAAAGUGGAAUUGAUCAAAUUGUUGCCGAAGAUGAAAAACAGUCAGAAACUGAUGAUGGAAAGGAAGAACUUGUAGCUGCGACACAGACAGAUAGUGAUGCAGUUGAGCCUCCCCCUGUUGUUACAGAAUCAGACAUUUCAUCAAGUGCACCAGCUCCUCAAGAAACAGAAGCUGUAACAGAAGAAAACGAUCAAGUUCCCUCUCCUGAAAGUCCUGCCACCGAAGAAGUGCAAGAACAAAUACCUGUAGCAGAACAAGUUGAAGAGGAAAAGGAAGAGGUUGCAAAUGCAUCUGAGACAAACAGCAGCUUAUCUAGUUCUAAUGAACAAACCGACAUUACUGCUUUAGAUGAAGGCUCGAGUAAAGAUGAAACAGCAGCAAAUGAUCAAGUUCCCUCUCCUGAAAGUCCUGCCACCGAAGAAGUGCAAGAACAAAUACCUGUAGCAGCACAAGUUGAAGAGGAAAAGGAAGAGGUUGCAAAUGCAUCUGAGACAAACAGCAGCUUAUCUAGUUCUAAUGAACAAACCGACAUUACUGCUUUAGAUGAAGGCUCGAGUAAAGAUGAAACAGCAGCAAAUGAUCAAGUUCCCUCUCCUGAAAGUCCUGCCACCGAAGAAGUGCAAGAACAAAUACCUGUAGCAGCCCAAGUUGAAGAUGUUUCAAUUGCAUCUGAGACAAACAGCAGCUUAUCAAGUUCUAAUGGACAAACCGGCAUUACUGCUUCAGAUGAAGCCUUGAGUAAAGCAACUAUAUCACCAGCACUUGUGAAGCAACUUCGAGAAGAAACGGGAGCUGGAAUGAUGGACUGCAAAAACGCUCUAUCAGAGAGUGAAGGGGACAUUAUUAAAGCACAAGAAUUCCUCAGGAAAAAAGGCUUAGCAAGUGCAGAUAAGAAAGCAGCAAGAGCAACUGCUGAAGGAAGGAUAGGUUCUUACAUUCAUGACAGCAGGAUUGGUGUUUUAAUUGAAGUAAACUGCGAGACAGAUUUUGUCUCCCGAGGCGACAUUUUUAAAGAGCUUGUUGAUGAUAUAGCCAUGCAAGUGGCUGCAUGCCCUCAAGUAGAGUAUGUUGUUACCGAAGACGUUCCUGAGGAAUUCGUGAACAAAGAAACAGAGAUAGAAAUGCAAAAAGAAGAUCUUGCGUCAAAACCGGAGCAAAUUAGAUCAAGGAUUGUUGAAGGACGGAUAAGGAAAAGACUCGAGAAUUUGGCCUUGCUUGAGCAGCCCUACAUCAAGAACGAUAAAUUGACGGUAAAGGAUGUGGUUAAGCAGACAAUUGCAACAAUCGGAGAAAAUAUUAAAGUUACAAGGUUUGUACGGUUCAACCUCGGAGAGGGUUUAGAAAAGAAAAGCCAGGAUUUUGCUGCUGAAGUGGCUGCACAAACUGCAGCAAAACCAGUGACUACACUGGUGCAAGAGGAGCCUGCUGCUGCAGAAGCCAAGGAGACUGAACCAAAGAAACCAACAGUAGUGAUCUCGGCCUCACUGGUUAAGCAAUUAAGGGAAGAAACUGGUGCGGGGAUGAUGGACUGUAAGAAAGCUCUUGCUGAAACAGAAGGUGAUCUUGAAAAGGCGCAGGCAUAUCUCAGGAAAAAGGGGCUGUCAUCUGCUGACAAGAAAUCUGGCAGGCUAGCAGCUGAAGGAAGAAUUGGUACAUACAUUCACGAUUCACGCAUCGGAGUUCUAAUUGAAGUGAACUGCGAAACCGACUUUGUUGGCAGAAGUGAGAAAUUCAAGGAGUUGGUUGAUGAUAUUGCAAUGCAAGUUGUGGCUAGUCCACAGGUUCAGUUUGUAUCUAUUGAAGAUAUUCCUGAAACCACUGUGAAGAAGGAAAAAGAAAUCGAGAUGCAAAGAGAAGACCUUGCUUCAAAACCUGAGAACAUAAGAGAGAAAAUUGUCGAGGGAAGAAUCUCAAAGAGGUUAGGGGAGCUUGCUCUUCUAGAGCAGCCUUUCAUUAAGGAUGACAAAGUUUUAGUGAAAGACUUGGUUAAGCAAAGUAUAGCUGCCAUUGGAGAGAACAUUAAAGUGCGGCGUUUUGUUCGGUUCACUCUUGGAGAGACAGUUGAAAAAGAAACAAUAUCAGCAUAGCCUAAGAGGUUGUUAAGACAAGUAUAUGUUGCAUUUUCAUAGGAAAAAGUAUCCGGCGGAGUGAGAUCAAUUUUGAAAAUAGCAAUCUGAUUCUUCAUGAUAACCAAAUGUUGAUUAGGCGCGGACACAUUUUACUGAUCUGUAUCUGUAUUGAAGAUACAUGAGGACUAGAUUUUGUGUAAUUCUGUGGUUUGUGUUGACAUUAUUAGCUGAUGCAUUUUUAAAUUAUUACAAGUUUCAUUAUGUUUUGAAUUUGCUAGUUUCAUUCAUUCUUGACAUUUGUUACUUCUCAUGUAAAUGUAAUAAAUAAUCAUCAAUCUGUUAAUCAUCAUGUAAUAAUCAUCAAUCUGUUUUAGAACUGUUGAACACCUUGUUGAA